CUUAUUCAAUCUGGUAUUAUUUUAACCUGACAUGCCUCUCACGUGCUUCAUUUAGAUUCAUCUUGACCUGAAAACUGUAAUCUCAAUGCCUUUAUCCUUACAGGUGAUUUAUCUUGUUGUGGUAUCUGUGUUUUUUUUGUUUGUUUUUUUUUUUUUUUAAAUAAUAUAAAUAUUUAUUUUAAUAGCGAAAGCCUGCCCGUGAGGCAGACCGGCACAUUUCAGACCCUCGGGUCUCCCGAGCGUGGUCUGGGUCCCUUUUGAGCAGCAGUCUCUUGCUUUUGCUCUCGCUCUUGCUAAUUGUGGCAAGAAGAUGAUGAAUUAAGAGCCGCGGGAGGUGAGAGCAAACACCUCCCCUGCCGCCGCAGCGUGCUCCGGGUGAUGCUUCCUUGCUCGCUUGCAAGACAAUAGCCCAAGAAAUUAAGGAGGGGGGAGAAAAUGACUGAUCCUUCGCUAUGAGAUAAUGGAUGAGCCCGGGAUGACCUGUUUUUUUCCUUGCGGUGGAGCGGUGCUGAAGACAGAGGGCACCAGCGCCCAGCCCACAGCCGUCGCCCCGCCGCCAGCGCGCCAGCUCGGGCCGGCCGGAGAGCCGGCAAUGCCUGCUCCGAGCGGGCAGGGAGCCGCUGCCUCACCCGGCCAGGUUAAAUGUCACUAGGAUUACGGCUGCCUUGGCACCUUCGAGAGCGAUGCUGUAAGACUUUGCUGUGGUGGUAUUUGGAGCAACUUGGGCGCUGGUGGGGCGAAGCAGAUGCCAUUUCCUACAUGUCCUUAAACCAUGUGCAGGCAAGAGGAGCCCAUGAAAUUAGUAACCUGGGUCUGGAUGACAUCGUGCAACAAAAUGAUUGGCGUGCUGCUGGUCUUUUUCCCUGCUCUGCUCCUGGAGAUGGAUGUGCUGCCCAGGAGCACCGGGCGGAAGGUGCUUCUCUCCACAGCCUCCUCGCAGCGGUCAGUGGCUCGGAUGGAUGGGGAUGUCAUCAUCGGGGCCCUCUUCUCUGUCCAUCACCAGCCACCAGCUGAGAAAGUGCCUGAGAGGAAGUGUGGGGAAGUCCGGGAGCAAUACGGUAUCCAGAGAGUCGAAGCCAUGUUUCAUACUUUGGAUAAAAUUAACGCUGACCCAGUCCUGCUACCUAACAUCACCCUGGGCAGCGAGAUCCGAGACUCCUGCUGGCACUCCUCAGUGGCCCUGGAGCAGAGCAUCGAGUUCAUACGGGACUCCCUCAUCUCCAUCAGAGAUGAUAGGGAAGGAGGCACCCGCUGUGUUUCUGACUCGCAGUCCCAGCCCCAGACUCGAGUGAAAAAGCCCAUUGCAGGGGUCAUCGGCCCCGGCUCCAGCUCGGUUGCUAUCCAAGUCCAAAAUCUGCUCCAGCUCUUCGACAUCCCCCAGAUUGCUUACUCUGCCACCAGCAUUGACCUGAGCGACAAAACACUGUACAAAUACUUCCUCAGGGUGGUCCCCUCCGACACACUGCAAGCGAGGGCCAUGCUCGACAUCGUCAAGCGCUACAACUGGACCUACGUCUCUGCCGUCCACACGGAAGGAAAUUAUGGGGAAAGUGGAAUGGAAGCCUUCAAAGAGCUGGCUGCCCAAGAGGGUCUCUGCAUUGCUCACUCUGACAAGAUCUACAGUAAUGCUGGGGAAAAGAGCUUUGAUCGCCUGCUCCGCAAGCUGCGAGAAAGGUUACCCAAGGCUAGAGUGGUGGUUUGCUUCUGCGAGGGAAUGACGGUGAGGGGGAUCCUCAUUGCCAUGAGGCGCCUGGGAGUGCUUGGGGAGUUCCUGCUAAUUGGAAGUGAUGGUUGGGCAGACAGAGAUGAAGUCAUUGAAGGUUAUGAGCCUGAAGCAAACGGAGGCAUCACUAUCAAACUGCAGUCUCCAGAGGUCUUGUCAUUUGAUGACUACUAUCUGAAGCUGCGUCUGGACACCAACACCCGCAACCCCUGGUUUCCUGAGUUCUGGCAGCACAGAUUUCAGUGCCGCAUCCCGGGGCACCCACUAGAGAAUCCCAACUUCCAGAAGAACUGCACUGGCAAUGAGAGCCUAGAAGAAAAUUAUGUGCAGGACAGUAAAAUGGGAUUUGUCAUUAAUGCUAUAUAUGCUAUGGCUCAUGGGCUACAAAAUAUGCAUCAUUCCCUUUGCCCUGGACACGUUGGGCUGUGUGAUGCUAUGAAGCCAAUUGAUGGCAGCAAGCUCUUGGAGUUCCUUCUCAAAUCCUCGUUCAUUGGUGUUUCUGGAGAAGAAGUUUGGUUUGAUGAAAAGGGAGAUGCCCCUGGAAGGUAUGACAUCAUGAACCUGCAAUACAUAGAGCCCAACCGCUACGACUAUGUCCUCAUUGGGACCUGGCAUGAGGGUGUGCUUAACAUCGACGACUACAGGAUUCAGAUGAACAAGAGUGGAAUGGUGCGAUCAGUGUGCAGCGAGCCUUGCUUGAAGGGCCAGAUUAAGGUGAUCAGGAAAGGAGAAGUGAGUUGCUGCUGGAUUUGCACUGCUUGCAAGGAGAAUGAAUUUGUUCAGGAUGAAUUCACGUGUAAAGCCUGUGAGCUUGGCUGGUGGCCGAAUGCUGACCUGACAGGCUGUGAACCCAUCCCUGUAAAGUACCUCCAGUGGAGCAAUAUAGAGUCUAUUGUGGCUGUGGUCUUUUCCUGCCUGGGGAUCCUGGUCACCAUGUUUGUCACCCUUAUCUUUGUGCUCUACAGGGACACCCCUGUUGUCAAAUCCUCCAGCCGGGAGCUCUGCUACAUUAUCCUUGCUGGCAUCUUUCUGGGUUAUGUCUGCCCUUUCACCCUUAUAGCUAAACCCACCACGACAUCCUGCUACCUCCAGCGCCUUCUGGUGGGUCUCUCCUCUGCCAUGUGCUAUUCUGCCCUUGUGACCAAAACCAACCGCAUUGCCCGCAUCCUGGCAGGCAGCAAAAAGAAGAUCUGUACCCGCAAGCCACGUUUCAUGAGCGCGUGGGCCCAAGUGGUCAUUGCCUCCAUUUUGAUCAGCGUGCAGCUGACACUGGUGAUCACGCUGAUCAUCCUGGAGCCCCCGAUGCCCAUCCUCUCCUACCCCAGCAUUAAGGAAGUUUACCUUAUCUGCAACACCAGCAACUUAGGCGUCGUGGCUCCUGUGGGCUACAAUGGACUCCUCAUCAUGAGCUGCACGUACUAUGCCUUCAAGACUCGCAAUGUGCCUGCCAAUUUCAAUGAGGCCAAGUACAUUGCAUUCACCAUGUACACCACUUGUAUCAUCUGGCUGGCCUUUGUGCCUAUCUAUUUCGGGAGCAACUACAAGAUCAUCACUACCUGUUUUGCAGUGAGCCUGAGCGUGACAGUGGCGCUGGGGUGCAUGUUCACUCCUAAGAUGUACAUCAUCAUAGCCAAGCCCGAGAGGAACGUCCGCAGUGCCUUCACCACCUCAGAUGUGGUGCGUAUGCAUGUCGGGGACGGCAAGGCACCUUGCAAGUCCAACACUUUCCUCAACAUAUUCCGGAGAAAGAAGCCAGGGGCUGGAAAUCCAAAUUCUAAUGGAAAGUCUGUGUCAUGGUCUGAACCAGGUGGAAGACAAGCUCCCAAGGGGGAACACAUGUGGCACAGACUCUCAGUGCAUGUGAAGAGCCAGGAGACAGGGUGCAAUCAGACAGCAGUGAUCAAACCCCUCACUAAAAGCUACCAUGGCCAAAGCAAGAGCCUGACUUUUACCGACAUCAGCAGUAAGACUCUGUACAAUGUGGUGGAGGAAGAAGAUAGAGAGCCCGUUCGCCUCAACCAGCCCAGCAGCCCCUCCAUGGUGGUGCACAGGCGGGUGGCGACGACUCCCCCGCUGCAGGCCACGGCGGAGGAGGCCCACCUCUUCUUGCCCGAGCAGCCCCCCAAGACCCUGCCCCUGCAGCCACGGGCUCUCAUGGACCAGCUGCAAGGAGUGGUCAACAAGUUUGCCACCGGUAUCCCCGACUUCAAUGCCGUCCUCCCCGCGCCUGGCUCGGGGAACGGCGUGCGGCCUCCCUACCAGCCCCCCCCGCCGCAGCAGCUGCCCCUGCCGCCUCUCCAGGUGGCUGCCUUCAGCGAGGAGCCCCUCUCUCCCCCCGCCGAGGAAGCGGAGAGCGAGAAGCUGAAGCUCAUUCAGGGAUAUGUCUACGAGAAGAACCCAGAGGAGGAGGAGGACGAGGAGCCGGCGACCAGCAAACUGACUCUGGAAGACUCACCGGCGUUGACACCCCCGUCCCCUUUCCGGGAUUCGGUGGCUUCGGGCAGCUCCGUGCCCAGCUCCCCCGUCUCGGAGUCGGUGCUCUGCACCCCCCCAGAUGUGACCUAUGCCUCUGUCAUCCUGAGGGAUUAUAAGCAAAGCUCGUCCACCCUGUAGACGCUGCAAGAGACAAGACGAGAAGGACUUUGGCAGCUUCUCGCUAGGAGGUCCUGGGGAGACAAGUCUCCCAGGGCUGGCGGGGAGAGAGAGCAGAGAACAAAGUCACAUAUGACAGGGCAAAAACUUCAUCCUGCACUUAAAUAAAUAAAAGGAAACAAAAAGAAAAAAAAAUCCAUUCUGAGGGCUCAAAAUUCUCUAGCUGUUAAAAAUAAAAAUAUUGUACUUUGAGAAAAUGAUAGGAAACCAUAACAAAGCACAAACCCAAGAGACAACUUCUAUAGCAAAAAAGUGAAUAAACACACGGGAAAAAAAAAAUUAAUCACAUUUAGUCACACCCUCUCUUGGCAAUGCUUGAAAAGGACUCUGGGAAGUGUGACCUGGAGAAGUCAUUAGCACAUCUCAUGACUGCUGUCUGUCUGCUACGGAAGCAAAACACCGAGGAGCUGGAAGGGUGGAGUUUGGUGCGGAGGAACAAAGCUACUUGUAUAUGAGACAUAUAUGCAUAAAUAUUUUUUUCCUGGUUUCUAUAGGUGGUAUAACUGCAUAAUAUGUUUGGGGGAGAGGAGCUGAGAUAAUGUGAAAGCACGUGGCUCUUACUGACUUUUGUCUGAACAAUUUGGUCUUCGUACUAGGCUGCUUUUUGGGGGAUCUGGGCUUUUUUUAACACUGAUUGUGAACAGAGCAAGAAUUAUCAUCAAGUUAAGACUCAAGAGGUUUCUGAAGAAAGCCCUUGCUGUAGUACUUGUAAUACGAUAAGGACUUAGAAAAACUGCCCUUUUGUAUAAGAUUGCAAACCAUGUGGCUAAACUGUUACACAACAUUUCCUGUAGCAGAACAAUAUUUAUUGACUAACUUUUCAUAAUACGGCAUAUUUACCAUGUGGUUACAUCAUUCCUUUGUGUUACUUUGGAAUCAAAUACAUUGGAAAAUAGCUGUAUACUUAGAGCAACAAAUAUUACUCUGAAAGAAAGGCAAUUCUAUACUGGGGGUUAUAGAAUCAGUCACAAAGCAAGAGAGUGAGCGUACGUUUGUGUUUCUGUAUGCGUGUGUACGGUAUGUGUGAAGCGUAAUGUCCAAUAACUACCACUGGAAGAUUGUCGUAUAUACUAUGAAUAUUUUUAUGUUUAAAUCAUGUUUUAUAUCGCAUUGUUACAAAUAUUCAAUAGAUCUUCGGAGGUUUGUAUGCUGUGCUAACACUUUUUUUUUUCAUAUACAAGCUGAAACAGUUGUUACCCUUAUAAUAGGGUGCUUUAUUUUGCAGAUAUUUUAUGAAGUAGACAUACAGUAUUAAUAACCAGUGCAUUGAAAACUUGUUAUUUUACAUGUUUGCAGCAAGCGUCGUUAACAAAAAAAAAGAAAACACAAAAAGAAAAAGUCUGGUUUAGAAAUCUUGCACAUGCCAGUGUAAAGGCGAGACAGAAAAAGUAAUUAAACUAUUUUGUUGCUUCAGAUAAUUUAAAAUAAAAUCAUGUCCAGACGGGAAAUUUCAUCAGUGCUUAAUGUGUGCAUAAAUUCCCAGGGUUUGUUACAAACAGUUCUUUUAAUCUCUUUAUGAUGUUUAGUUGUGUGUUCUUUUCAUACGCUUUCACUUCUAUUUAAUAUACAAUAUUGUAUCUUAAAGAUCACUUCUAGGCAGCUGUAGUUCUGUCAUUCAUUCCUUCUCCUCUAUAUUUCAUGCGUUUCCUAGAGAUGGUCCUAAUCCAAAGCUCCCUAAUGGCUGGCAUGUCCAAAGUCCAGGUCUGAUUGCUGUGGCUUGAACUUUAUUAUACUUAUUAUUACCCUAUUUAUAAAUGUACGUAUUAUACAGGACAGGAUUUUAGCUGCUAUGAACUUUUGUUGUGCUAUUGCUGUUGAAUUUAGCUGAGGAUGUGUCCCACAGUUCUACACUUUAUUUCCAAAGAUAUUUUUAAGGAAUCUCUUCAUGUUAAUAUAGUUGCAAAACCUGAUUUUAACCAUGCUUCUUGUGAAUAUUCUAUCAGGGUUUUUCUGAAAUCACCGUAUUUGUACUUCCUUUCUUUUCACGUGAAUUUUAAGAAGUUCUGCUGCCAGUCAUCAAUUCUUCUGUUAAGGUCCAAAUCUCAAUGUUUUGCUCUAAUUAUAUAGUAUUGGUAUUGGAAGGCUUGGCUGGUGCUCAAAACCAGAUAGAGCCUUUUUUCCUCAUCCUCUGUUCAUGAUUGCUCCUUUCAAUAUGACCAGUGGCCAAUUGCUAUCAUUGUCCCGAUGUGGAAAGCAUGAAAUGACUUUGCCCAAAGACACAGUUAUGUCUUUGUCAGUAAAUUGAUGUCUCUAUAACGAACUAAAGACACCUGAGGGUCAGUUGGUUGAUUUUUGUCUGCUUGGGGCUUUUAGGGGGAUUUUUUUGUUGUUGUUGUUUCUUUUUUUUUUAAUGCUGAUUACUCAUUGAAGCAAUGAGAAAAAUGCCGUAUUUUCUUUGCUGAUCACCACACUGGCAAUGAAUUCUAUCUUCUUAUAAUCUUAGUAUAAGUUUUGUUGUGCUGUUUCCAAAAACAUACAUUGUCAGUAGCACAGAGACAGUAUGAGGAAGCUGGUCUUUGAAGAAAUGAGGUAGAUAAGAAAAAGAAAGAUAACAGGCUUGUAUAGAUGGGAGACAGCAAUGUGGCAAGGUACUAUUGUUUUCAUAUUUGUCUGUUUUGAACACAUUAAGCACUGAUUUUAUUACUGCGGUGUAAUUAUAUCAUGAGUAGGAGUUUCUUGAAAUUCAGUAUAUUAGCUUUUAGUUUGUAAUUGUUAAAACUGGAAACAUACACAUACGUAAAUAUAUCUAAAGAGCAAGAACUCACCUUGUGUAUGUAGUUGUUUGAGCUAUGAAGCUUCCUGUAAAAGUUCUUUCUUUUGGUCUGUCAAAUGCUUGAUGAAAACUGCCUUUUUGUCAAAAUGAUCUUGAAAAUGCUGUAAAAUAAAUAUUUUCUAUUUAUUAUUUAAAAAUA